AUGCAGCAACGGCGGUCGAGCAGGCAGGCAUCUUCGCGGGAUAGACAUGGCAUGGUGUUUGAACAGACUGAACAACAUACCAUUCGCGCCGUGACUCCCGACCUUAUCAUUCCUCGUGCCGACUCUUUCGAGGCCCACCCUAUCCACUCUCCCGUGCUACAACCGACACGCACAAGACAUUCGCAAAGAAGGCGGGAGACCUCAGCAUCUGCCUCAAAUAAUGAAGAAGAGACUGCCGUUGACAAGAGAAGGAGGCGGGCGCAAAUGAGGACGAGUACAAACGAAGAACCCACUUUAGAUGCCUCACCGGGCUCCUUCAUCACCAAAACUCGGAAAAGACUUGGUUCUAUUGCGACGGGCCUACCACUCCCGGUCAUGCCUCCUGAGGAGGCCCACACUCAUGGCUCCAUCGGAUUUCCGUCCGUGGUACAGAGUCCUGAGUUAAUGGAUCAGCACAACCCUCCACGGACGCCGCGGCGGCCGUUCUCGCCUGACAAUUCUCUGGGUAUGAGUGCGAGCAGUCUGCGCUCCCCCAACCUGCUCGAUAUUGACUCCAGUAAGAUCCUCCAUCUUAUGAAGACAACUUGCGGUAGAAUGCAUGGCAUUCUUUUCUUCAGACAACUGCACACGACGGCCUGGGCGUCGGGUUACUGUGCCAUCAAUGUUGCGCCUGGCAGCCUAGUGUGUCAGACCAAGGGCGAAGUGCAUCAAUCUAGGACAUUGAUACCCGACCUGCGAGGCUGCACUGUUAGAACCCAUUACGAUCACGAGACACAAAGCACCUAUUUGAGUGUGAUUAUUGCAUCUUCGGGCACCGGAUAUCAACUCCGACCUCCCGUGCCGGAAACAUUCGACUCGUGGCUCGCAGCGCUACUUUGUUGGCAGCCAUUGAGACCGAAAGGGAUACACAACAAAAUGACCAAGCCUCAGUCGAUCAGCAUGACGGAGAAGAAGCCAGUAUCGCAGAGACGGCUCUCCGACCUCACCAACCCGAAGGCUACGGCUAUCGUCAAGGUCGGAAAGAUGCUCCUGUGGGAUGGGCCAUUACCCUCAGGUUCCCAAUUAGAAGCGUCACCCAGUAGUCUUGGGCGAUCGAUGACGGAGGAGAACUACCUUUGGCGCAGAGUGAGCUGCACUCUCCACGAGAACGGCACGUUUCGCCUCCUCAGCGAAGUUGACAACAGAGUGCUCUCAGUCACACCACUGUCACAAUUAUCCCGUUGUGCAAUCCAAAGGCUAGACGAGAGUGUGCUGCGAAUGCCACACUGCAUUGCAGUCUACCCACAAUAUCGGAUAGAAACACCCGCCGUGAGACUGUCGAGACCAAUGGUGCUCUGCUUAGAGUCGAACGUGGCGCUCGAAGCCUGGUUUGUCCUCCUGCGAGCACUGACGGUGCCAGAACUGUACGGCCCGGAACACUUCUCUGCUGAAGACAGCCAAAUCCAGCCACAGACAUCAUCUAAUGGGAACAAUAUUCCCACACAAGGGAUGUUUCGUAUAGAACGCUCAUUGUCCAUUAAACUCACGGAAGCGAAAUUCGCACAACGGUCCGCACCCAAAGACACAUUCGACCACAGCAAGGCGAAAGGCAAGUCUGCCAAGGCCGAUCAGAGCAAAGAAGGAGUCUACGCCGAGAUCAUGCUCGGUAAGGAUUUGAGAGCCCGGACGACAACCAAGCAGAAUGUGUCGCCUGCGUUCUGGGCGGAAGAAUUCAACCUGGUGGAUAUACCGGCUGCUCUGUCGAAAAUCACCGUUGCAGUCAAGCUGGGGAAUCCUGCUGAAAAAGAAUGGACCAUGGUCGCAGACAGCCUCUACGACAUCUCCGCCGAUGCAGGGUACCUCUCUGGACUGGGAGGGUUGGAAAUAUCCUCUCAUGACCCCAUUUUUGGACGCGUGGACAUCUCUAUCGAUGAGCUGGAACACACCGGUACGAUCGAUCAGUGGUGGCCGCUGUUGGACAACAAUGACCAUUCUGUUGGACAGAUCUUGGCCAAGUUGUCACUUCGGGAGACCGUCAUCUUGAUGGAGGAGGAGUACAAGGAGCUUUCAGCCAUGCUGAAUACCUACGGCAAUGGACUGACGACACAGAUUGCUCACCUACUCGGACCUGAAUUACGAGAACUGUCAGACAUAUUGCUCGACAUUUUCCAAGCUACUGGAGCGGCUAAUGAAUGGAUUAAAAACCUCGUGGAAGAAGAGAUCGACGGGACCAAUAGAGAUAUGCCACCCAUGCGGAUGAGGUUCAGCGGGCGCAUUCACUCUAAUGACUCGUACGAGUCUGCUGAGCAAAGAGAAAUGCUGGUCCGGGACCUCAGUCGGUCGGCCACCAUGGAGGCUAACCUACUUUUCCGCGGCAACUCACUCGUCACGAAAGCACUUGACGCCCAUAUGCGACGGUUAGGCAAAGACUACAUGGAAGAGGUUUUGGGCGAGAAACUGCGCAAGAUUGUGGAAAGAGAUCCCGAUUGCGAAGUCGAUCCGAACAGAGUGCGGUCCCAGGAGCAGCUCGACAAGAAUUGGGCAAACUUGAUAUUCCUUAGCAGCGAAGUCUGGAAGUCCAUUUACGUGUCAGCAUCCCGAUGCCCCAUGGACCUGCGAGUUAUCUUCCGCCAUGUACGCUCUUGCGCCGAGGAUCGUUAUGGGUCGUUCAUCCGGACGGUCAAGUAUACGAGCGUUUCUGGUUUCCUUUUCCUCCGCUUCUUUUGUCCCGCCAUCCUUAAUCCGAAGCUUCAUGGUCUUAUUCAUGACCACCCGCCGGAUCGCACGAAAAGAACUUUCACCCUGAUCGCCAAGUCGCUGAACGUUCUUGCCAGCCUGGGCCGGUUCGGGACCAAGGAACCAUGGAUGGAGCCCAUGAACAAGUUCCUGGCCGCUUCAACAAACCAAUUCAGAUCCUUCAUCGACGAAAUCUGUGGCGCUCGAGCCUCAGUAUGCCGCGCCAAACCAAAUACGUAG